CGGCUGGUUGGGUUGGGCCGUCCGGGAAUUCCCAACCGAUUUUUCGCAGCUCAGGCGACCCCCACGCCGCCGUUUUUCCCGUCGGCAGCCGCUACACGGCGGCGACUCCAACCCGUUCCCCGCCGCCGGCCGCCACCCUUCCUAGCUCCAUCUGACGCGCUAUCCCCAAAUCCAAAUCCCUCCUCCGUCGACCUCAAAGAAACAAACCCCUCCUCCUUCAUGGACCACGCCGGCGACGAGGAGGCCGCCCCCAACUCGAAGCGGGCGAAGCUCGCCGUGACCGGCAGCGAGGACCACCUGAGCGCGUUGCCCGACGACGUCCUUAUCCACAUCCUUCUCAAGCUCCGCGACACGGCCUUCGCUGCUCGGACCAGCAUCCUCUCUCGCCGCUGGCGCCGCGUGUGGACCCUCCUCCCGGAGAUCCACUUCUCGGACGCCACGGACCCUCGCCGCAUACGCCCCGCCCUCGCCGCCAACGAGGCGCCGGCCAUCCUCCACCUAGCCGCCGUCGCCCAGGACGCCUCGCCCUAUUCCGUGGCGGCCUGGCUCCAAACCGUGGCGCCCCGCCUCUCCGGGGAUCUGAUCUUUCGCAACAUCAUACAUAGCAGUAGCACGUCUGAAGAAAGAGGCGGCUUCGAGCUCCCAUGCUUCCACAACGCCACCUCCAUCAGGCUCAGCCUAGGGUUUCUUGGCCUCACCAUGCCGGCUUCUGGCGUUUUCGCUCACCUCAUCGAUCUCUGCCUGGAUCACGUCUGGAUAUACAGCCCAGAUCGACUCGCCGACGUUAUUUCUUCGCGGCGGUGCCCAGCGCUGCAGAGACUGGCCAUCCGUGAUGCCAGAUGCAUGGGCAACGUCGCCAUCCACUCGGGGUCCCUCCGGCAGAUGGAGCUGAGGAAUCUGAAAGGCUUCAACAGAUUGACCAUCCACUCAGAGUCUCUGCUCAAAAUGGAGCUGAGUGAUCUGCGUAACCAUCAGCUGCUAACUGUCACAGCGCCAUCGCUUGAAGAGCUAACUUUGAGCUCCUGCAUUCUCGGCGGUCACGGUAUGAGUCUGCUGGUCUCAAGCAUCUCAGCUCCUCAGCUAUUGGUGCUCAAGUGGAAGAAGAAUACUUGGCAUCCAAAAUAUGUCGAACUUGGUGAGAUGACGCAUCUCCAUUGCCUGGACAUCGAUGUUUUUCUUCAAUACGGAACGGAUGACUUUAUGGAUGACACCGAUUUCCUGAUGGAUGAUGACAUCGGUUUCCUGAUGGAUGACGUUAUUAUGUACAAUACCGACACCCUGAUGCUGUUGCAGCGCUUCAAGGUCAUACACAAGCUAAACCUCAGAGUGGACUAUCUGCCGUGCAUGCGUGUCAAUGAAUACUUGAUGGAGGACAUAACAAGGCUCCCUGACAUUACAUUCUUGUCCAUUGUUAUAACGGCACACGCACAUUCCUUUGGAGCCUGCUUGUUCCAUGUCCUCAGGAUGUGUACUGGUGUAAGAAAACUGGCGCUUGAUACUCCUGGCCACUUUGACGAAGCCUGCCCAUCAGAUUGCCCUUGUGGUCAGCCACCAAACUGGAAAUCUGAGGAGCUCAUGCUGGAUUGCCUCCAAGAAGCAGAAAUCAGUAACCUGAGAGGAACUGAACAUGAACUUGCUUUCAUGGAGCGGUUGUUCAGCUGGGCAACGGUGCUAAAGCAGAUGACAGUAACUUUCGACGAGUCAAUCACUGAAAGCAGGGACAUUAAGGAGUUCUGCCAGAAGUUACUGAGCUUCUCCCCGCCAGAGGUAUGUAUGGGAUUCUUCGUGUACCGCCAUUCCGAGAAGAUUUUGUAUGUUCCAGUAGACUAGGACUCUGACACUGGUAGCUCAUAUUCUUUUGGGAGCAAGGUUCAACUGUUCCUGUUCCUGUUUGUUGAGUAAUUGACAUGUCAGGUCUGAAAGUAAAACUAAUUCUCAUGUCCUGUAUUGUCCAUCUUCGUUUCUAGAAUAACGGUAACAUGUACUGCGAUCAGUUCCUGAUGUUAGCAGCUCUACCUCUCAUCCAAACGAACACUGUGAUCUCUAGGGGAAUCACAAUUUGCCACAUGCCAUUGAAA